AUGUCAAAAGCAGUUGGGCAUGUAGUUGGGUACUUCAAAAAGCACUCUCUUGCCGAAUGGCGCCAUUACUUCAUGAGCACCCAUUUCUGGGGACCCGUUGCCAACUGGGGUCUACCUCUUGCUGCUCUUGCUGAUUUGGAGAAAAGCCCAGAUAUGAUCAGCGGACCUAUGACAUCUGCUCUUUGUAUAUAUUCAUCUGUGUUCAUGAGAUUUGCUUGGCAUGUUCAACCUCGUAAUUUACUUCUGUUCGCAUGCCAUUGCACCAAUUUCACUGCUCAAACAGCUCAGUUAGGACGCUUUGUUAACCAUCACUACUUGAACAUAGCAGAAGAUCCCAUCGCGAAAAGACAUAGAUUACUUCAUGAGAAACACCAUCCUGAAGAUAUCCAUCACUAG